AUGGCCACGGAGUGCAAGGACGUUGGUCAGAGAUACAAGCUGGAAGUGCAGGAGUUAGUGACGGUGCAGGAAGGUCUGUGUGUUCUUGUGCCGUGCGAACUCAGACAUCCAUACUCCUUUAAAAGCUUUGGCUCCUGGUUCCGUACAGAGGCUGACCCAUAUCAUGACUCUCCUGUGGCCACCAACAACCAGAUGAAACUAGUGCAGAAGGACACCAAGGGGCGAUUCUAUAUACUCCAGGACCCACUGAAAAAUAACUGCUCCCUGGACAUCAGAGAUGCACAGAAGGGUGACAAUGGCUCAUACUUCUUCCUGCCAGAAGGAUAUAAAACAUGGAAUUACUGUAAGAACCUCUCAGUAGUGCAUGUGACAGCCCUCACCCACACCCCCCACAUCAACCUCCCAAUGACCCUGGAUGCUGGCCAUCCCAGCAACCUGACCUGCUCAGUGCCCUGGGCCUGUGAGCGGGGGACACCCCCCAUCUUCUCCUGGAUGUCAUCUGCUCUCAUCUCCACCGGCCCCAGGACCACGCUCUCCUCAAUGCUGACCCUCAUGCCCCGGCCCCAGGACCAUGGCACCUACCUUACCUGUCAGGUGACCUUCCCUGGAGCUGGUGUGACUGUGGAGAGGACCAUCCAGCUCAAUGUCACCUGUGAGUCAGGGACAAAAGCAGCAACAGAAGAGCUCCUGGGAGUGAUUGGGGGCAUUGGUGUUACAGCUCUGCUCGCCAUCUGCUUCUGCCUCAUCUUCUUCAUAGUGAAGUCUCACAGGAAGAAAGCAGCCAGGACCAUGGUGGACAUGAACUACAGAUCCCCAGCCUCCCAGGGUCAACAGAAAGACUCCAAUUUUCACAGACCUGCUGAGCACCCAAGCUCUUCAAGGGAGUCCCCUGCCUUAGGGAUGGAGCAGGACCUACACUAUGCCACCCUCAACUUUCAUGGGGCAAGGACUUGA